AUGAGUCGAACUGCAUCAGCCGGUUUUGAUCGUGAUAUUACGAUCUUUUCACCAGAAGGUCGACUCUAUCAAGUUGAAUAUGCUUUUAAAGCAAUCAAUCAAGGCGGUUUAACAACAGUAGCUAUACGUGGUACUGACUGUGUAGUUGCCAUUGCUCAAAAAAAAAUUCCGGAUAAACUUCUUGAUCCUUCGUCUGUUACUCAUUUACAUGCAAUCACACCAACUGUUGGAUGUUUAAUGACAGGCAUGGUUGCCGAUUCCCGUUGGCAAGUUCAACGUGCUCGAUACGAAGCUGCGUCGUGGAAAUAUAAAUAUGGAUUUGAUAUUCCGGUGGAUGCUAUCUGUCGUCGUGUUGCUGAUAUUUCACAAGUUUAUACGCAAGAAGCUGAAAUGCGACCACUUGGCUGCUGCAUGAUUUUGUUUGGCAUGGAUGAAGAAAAAGGUCCAAUGCUAUAUAAAACCGAUCCAGCUGGUUAUUUCUGUGGAUUUCGCGCAACUAGUGCCGGUGUCAAACAAACUGAAGCAAAUAAUUUCUUGGAAAAACGUAUUAAGAAAAAAGCUGAUUUAAGUUUCGAAGAAGCGAUUGAAUUGGCGAUUUCAACAUUAGCCAGUGUACUUUCAACUGAUUUGAAACCCAAUGAAAUCGAAAUUGGUGUUGUAACAAAAGAUAACGUGAAAUUUCGAGUCUUAACAGAAAGCGAAGUCGAACAACACUUAACACGAAUUGCUGAGAAAGAAUAA